AUGAAAGAAGAUUUAAAUGCAUCGAGACUUUUGCCAGGCGAAGGUAACGUGGAGGCUCCUAAUAGGUCCCCUAGUUCAAACCGUAAUGUUGAUAAUGGGAUGGAGAGCAUAGAUGAGACAGAGUUCUCGAAUCACUACAUACAAGAGAGUUUUGAGAAGAUUAACGACGCUAUUAGUAAAAUUGAAGGAGACAAGUUAGCGGGGAUUACACAAGAAUUGUCGUACUUGAGACAUGUGUUGGAUUAUCAAAACACCAAGAUUGAGAAGUUGACAGGGUUAAUGGCUGAUUUUUUGGAGAACAAAAACCAGAAUGCAAUCAUUAGCUCGUUACAGGCGAUACAAGAUGGAGACAACCAAAAACAGGGUUCUGACGAUGACCAGAUGGGCCAACAAGUGCAAGGACAGGCCUCAGAAGGCGAACAUGACCAUGACCAGGUGGGUGAUGGGUCAUCGGGAAUGCCAUCGUAUCAAGAAUCGCUUGCUAAUGCGUCGGUGCAUCUUGACAGCAAUAUGGACCCACAAUUGCACCAAGUGGCAGCAGCAGCCGUGCAGCAGGCUGAAGAACAGGCAGCACAAGUUCACCAACCCAAUGUAAACAUGGACAAAUACCGCAAGAAGAUCUACCUCAAGCGCAAAACAACGUCCGAGGAUCCUUCAGCGCCCUCGCCCCAGGAUCCCGAGUCUCUCCAUGACUCUAAGAGACCCAAAAUCUCCAUUGAUUUCCUCCACAACCCUAUGACUGUAAAGGAGAUCUACGAUGAGUUCACCAAGGGUUUCCGUGGCCAACCACCGCUUUGCGAGAUGGAUUCCCGCUUCGGCAAGCACGAAUGGAGGGGCGACUCGCGCUCGAAGGAAUCCAAGCGCUACCAGAGAAGAAAGAAGCUCUGUGACUCCAUUGCCAGAGGUAUGCAAAAAUACGACAAGUCUGCUGACGAAAUCAUUCGCUACAUAGAAGAAUUCCGUGGCGACAAGUCGCUCACAUGGGUCAUGAAUGGCAAUCUUCCGUCUGAUCUACACAUAUAA